UCUAAACCCACAGUCGCCCCCACCAGGCUCAUCUAGCACUCUCAAAAGGGUCUUUGCAGCCCUUCAUCUUCUCUUCUGAAUUGCCCGGGUUUGGUCUCUGUCGCGCUUAUGCGUGCUGUUCAAACCACCUUCACCUCCCAGGACUAUAUCUCAGACCACCUGUGGAAGGCUUCAGUGAACUGAACUCCCCUCAGUAUCCCAUAUAUCUAACGACUCUCAAUUGUACACAAAUCUCCACUCAACAUGAUCUCGCAAUUCUUCAAGCCAUCCACUCUUCGGUCCGCGAACGUCCUGGGACAAGCGACAAAGACCCGCGUGCCCGCUCGCUGUCUUGCUACCGUUCACACUAGUAGUUCUACUCGUCAUGUCCCCUCUCCUCAUCGACGAGCUACCCCAAUCUCCACCGAACGAGCUACAUUUACCAUCAAGAAUGGACCAAUCUUCUCUGGCAAGUCCUUUGGUGCCAAAUCCAACAUCUCCGGCGAAGCUGUCUUCACAACCUCCCUCGUCGGAUAUCCCGAGUCUAUGACGGAUCCGUCCUACCGCGGCCAAAUUCUCGUUUUUACCCAGCCUUUGAUCGGGAACUACGGAGUACCGUCUUCCGCUAGGGAUGAAUUUGGAUUGCUUCGAUACUUCGAAUCUCCACAUAUCCAGGCUGCUGGCAUUGUUGUCCAGGAUUAUGCCAUGCAGCACAGCCAUUGGACUGCUGUUGAGAGCUUAGCCCAGUGGUGCGCUCGAGAGGGCGUUCCAGCCAUCUCUGGGGUGGAUACCCGGGCUAUUGUGACGUAUCUCCGGGAACAAGGUUCCUCGCUUGCUCGUGUCACCAUUGGAGAGGAGUACGAUGCCGAUGAAGACGAGGCUUUCAUUGACCCUGAGACAAUCAACCUUGUCCGCCGAGUGAGCACCAAGGCACCGUUCCACGUGAGCUCAUCCCUUGGCGACAUGCACGUGGCUUUGAUCGACUGCGGUGUGAAGGAGAACAUCCUCCGAAGCCUCGUCUCUCGAGGUGCGAGUGUGACGGCCUUCCCAUUCGAUUACCCCAUCCACAAGGUUGCCCACCACUUCGACGGUGUCUUCAUCUCCAACGGCCCGGGCGACCCAACUCAUUGCUCCGCGACUGUCUACAACCUCCGCAAGCUGAUGGAGGGCUCCCAGAUCCCAAUCAUGGGUAUUUGCAUGGGUCACCAGCUUCUUGCGCUGGCUUCAGGCGCCAAGACUGUGAAGCUGAAAUACGGAAACCGUGCCCACAACAUUCCUGCCCUUGAUCUUACGACCGGCAAAUGUCACAUCACCUCCCAGAACCACGGUUACGCUGUUGAUGCAACGACUCUCCCGGAAGACUGGAGGGAAUAUUUCACCAACCUCAACGACCAGUCCAACGAAGGACUGAUCCACAACUCUCGCCCCAUCUUCAGCGCCCAGUUUCAUCCGGAGGCGAAGGGUGGACCACUCGAUUCUGCGUACUUGUUUGACAAGUAUGUUGAGAGUGUGCAGAAGUAUAAGGAUCACCAGGCUAUGUUCUCCGACAGGAAUAACAAGCCUAGCCCGUUAUUAGUGGAUUUAUUGAGCAAGGAACGUGUUGGUGUGCAUCCAUCAUUGGAAGAGUUUAAGGGCCACGCUCCCGGAAAGAUUGAGGCAGAGGUAAUUGUCGAUACAGCGGGUACACCGCCGCCGCAGCCUAUUGCUGCUGCUGCUUAAAUCGCUUCCGGUGGAGUAAGAUGGUAAAUUGGCUGCAUGGAAUUGCACGGCUGUUGCCGUUGGUUCUGGGUUCCUUCUAGUGAUUUCUAACGAGUUUACUUUGGUACCUGUGUUUGCUCUGCGGUACUGUUUGCGGACCUUUUCAAAACAAACUGGAAUUUGUAGACUGGGUAUUAGUGUUUUGAGUUCGUAGCAAUGUCGUUAAUCUGAG